AUGGCCCUACAGGCCAUGAUUGCACGAUUCAGGUCUUACUUAAUGGAGGAAAGAAUGUAUAGGUCAUGUGAAGAAGAAGGUCCCUCACCGAUAGGAGCAGCGGAAUUCAUCUAUGAAGACGAAGGCCUUGCAAAAGGCCCUGACGUGAUACAAAUGGAGGACUUAGACGCAGCCCCAGCUAAGAUGGACGAUUUGAAGGCCGACGUUCAGGAUCCUUUGCAAGAAAUCAACUUGGGAGAUUCCGAGAACCCCAGGCCUGUGUACAUCAACCAGCUCUGGCCCGAUGAGGUAAAAGAAAAACUCAUUCGUCUCGUGACGGAAUUCAAAGUUUGCUUUGCAUGGGAUUAUGAUGAGAUGCCAGGCCUCCCAAGGAAUUUGGUCGAGCACAAGCUGCCAAUACAACCGGGAUUCACGCCGUUCAAGCAACCUCCAAGGAGGAUGUCAAGUGAAGUGGAGCUCAAGGUCAAGGAGGAGAUCGAGAGGCUUCUUAAGGCUGGCUUCAUUCAAACGGCAAGGUACGUGACUUGGCUUUCUAAUAUUGUCCCAGUGGUCAAAAAGAAUGGCAAGAUUCGAGUUUGCAUAGAUUUUAGAAAUUUGAACCUUGCUUCGCCAAAAGAUGAAUACCCGAUGCCAUUGGCCGACUUGAUGGUUGAUGGAGCGGCAAAGCAUAAGUUGUUGUCUUUUAUGGAUGGGCAUUCGGGUUACAACCAGAUCUUCAUCAACGAGGCCGAUACCGCCAAAACAGCAUUUAGGUGUCCAGGGGCUUUAGGGACAUUUGAGUGGGUGGUGAUGGCAUUCGGCCUGAAAAAUGCGGGAGCCACAUAUCAACGGGCCAUGAACGCCAUUUUCCAUGACUUUAUCGGCCGUUUCAUGGAAGUCUACAUUGAUGACGUGGUGGUAAAAUCUCAAUCCGACGAGGAGCAUUUGGAACAUCUCCGAAAGGCUUUUCAAAGAAUGAAAGAGUUCGAUUUAAAGAUGAACCCUUUGAAAUGUGCCUUUGGGGUAUCCGCGGGAAACUUUCUCGGAUUUUUGGUUCAUCAGCGAGGAAUUGAGGUCGACAAGAACAAGUCGAAGGCCUUGAUGGAAGCAAAACCUCCGUCAACAAAGAAGGAGUUGCAGCAGCUCCACGGAUCCCUAAACUACUUGAGGAGGUUCAUUUCGAACUUAGCAGGGAGAGUCAAGGCAUUUUCUCCAUUACUAAAGAUAAAGGACCAAGAGGAUUUCAUUUGGGAGGCCUGUCAUCAGGAGGCCUUCGAAGCAAUUAAAGGGUAUCUAGCGCGGACCCCGGUUUUGAUGCCUCCAAUUAAGGAUAGGCCAUUGAAAUUAUAUAUUUCUGCGGCUGAGGAUUCGGUUGGAAGUUUGCUGGCCCAAGACAAUGAGCAAGGCAUGGAGCAAGCGGUUUAUUAUUUGAGUAGAUUGUUGACUCCCUGUGAAAAACGAUAUUCUCCUAUCGAAAAAUUAUGUCUUGCCUUGUACUUUUCAGCAAUAAAAUUGAGGCACUACAUGUUGCCCGUUUCUGUUUACAUCAUGAGUAAAACGGACUUAAUCAAAUACUUGUUAACUCGGCCUAUCUUAAGAGGCCGAAUUGGCAAGUGGUCCUUGGCCUUAAUGGAAUUUAGUUUUUGUUACGUUCCUCAAAAAGCGGUGAAAGGCCAGGCCUUGGCAGAUUUCCUAGUUGAUCACCCAUGUUUGGAGGUCAAUGAUGAAAUCAGCCCAGGCUUGGACGUGAUGGAGGUAUCUGUAAAACCUUGGAAGUUACUUUUUGACGGAUCCAAAACGCAAGAGGUGUCAGGAUGUGGGAUUAUAAUAAUUUCUCCUGAAGGCCUGAAAACUGAAUGUUCCUUCCAAUUCGAUUUUCAGUGCACGAAUAAUCAGGCCGAGUACGAGGCAGUGGUGAUAGGCCUUGAGAUUUUGAGAGAAUUAGGGGCCGGAACCAUUGAAGUAAUAGGAGACUCAAGCCUUGUGAUAAACCAUAUAGCAGGCACGUUCAAAUGUUAUAGCGAAGAUUUGGCGCCGUACUAUAUGGCCGCAAUGCAACUUGUACACGAUUUUGACGAUGUGACGGUAAGGCACGUACCAAGGAGAAUGAACGAGGAGGCUAAUAGUUUAGCUCAGGCCUCAACAGGCCUGAAGCUUUUUCCAGGCACCUUGUCUAGGGCCGUGACGGUCCAAAAGAAAUUGUUGCCCUCUGUCCGAAGGAGAGGGUUAGGUCUGCCAGCGUUUAUAGUAGAGCCACUCGAGCCAACGAUCGAGGAUAUUCAACGAGAAGAUGGGCCACAGCAGAGUGGUUGGCGUGAUCCCAUCAUUUCGUUCCUCAAAAAUCCGUGUACCAAGGUAACAAAAAAGACUAGGAGGAGGGCCAUUAGCUAUCUUUUGAUAGGAGAUGACCUGUACAAAAAGAGUCUAGAGGACGAUUUACUCCUUAAAUGCCUUGACGGGGUGGAAGCUUUGAGAGUGAUGGGUGAGGUACACGAGGGUGUUUGUGGUGCUCACCAAUCAGGUGUCAAAAUGAGAUGGUUGAUUAGGAGGUAUGGAUAUUAUUGGCCACGGAUCCUUGAAGAUUGCAUCCGGUAUGCUAAAGGAUGCCAGGCCUGCCAGGCCCAUGGCCAGGUUCAACACGUGCCAGCAGCCAACUUCCAGGCCGUGAUUAAGCCAUGGCCUUUUAGGGGAUGGGCAGUGGAUCUAAUAGGGAUGAUACACCCGCCGUCGUCUAAAAACCAUACUUUUAUUUUAGUGGCCACGGAUUACUUUACUAAAUGGGCCGAGGCCAUCCCAUUAAAGACUGUGAACCAGCAGGAUGUCAUUAAGGCCAUAAGGGAGAGGAUCAUUCAUCGAUUCGGCAUUCCCCAACACUUGGUGGCCGAUAGAGGAUCGGUUUUCUUCGGAAAGGAGGUCCAGGCUUUUUGUAGCCAAUACCACAUUAACCUAUCCCAUUCCACCCCCUACUAUGCUCAAGGAAACGGCCAAGCGGAAUCUACCAACAAAACCUUGAUUAAGAUAGUAGAGAAAAUGGUUGAGGAGAAACCGAGAGUAUGGCAUGAGCUUCUGUCCGAGGCCUUAUGGGCCUAUAGGACGUCCAAGAGGGAGGCCACUAACGUUACUCCUUAUAUGUUAGUGUAUGGCCAUGACGCAAUACUACCGAUGGAGGUCACCGUUAGGUCAACAAGGUGGGCUUACCAGAAUGGCCUUGCCCCAGCAGAAUAUUCCCAGGCCAUGCUCAUGGAAUUGGAAGAUUUAGACGAAAUAAGGUUAGCAGCCUUCGACCAUAUGGUGGUCCAAAAACAACGGGUGGCCAGGGCCUACGACAAGAGGGUCAGAAGGAAAAGCUUCUCAGAAGGAGAUUUGAUCUGGCAAACCGUAUUACCUUUAGGUACGAAGACUGCCAAGUAUGGGAAAUGGUCUCCGACGUGGGAAGGGCCCUACCAGAUCUGCCAGGUCUUUAGGGGUAACGUGUAUCUCCUUACGGACUUGGAUGGUAAAGUCCAUAAGCACACCAUUAAUGGCAAGUUUUUAAAACAUUAUUAUCCUACCGUAUGGGAGAUGGGGGAUUUUAAUGAGAAACUGCCAUCUCAAAAUAUAAGCGCAUAA